CGGAAGCGCCGGGCGAGGUGGGCGCGCCCGGACCGCUGCCGCGAGUUGGCAGCGGCCUCUUGUGACAGACGGUUCCGGGACCCCGGGUUCCCCGCGUGGAGUUCUCUUCGCUCAAAACAGAACCAUGAGGAGCUCCUGGGAAUAGGAACAACCUCUCUGGAGGCCCCAGUGUACUCGGUGGCAGGUCUGAGCCUGGCCCUGGGCCUUUGCUGGCGGAAGCCAUGGCAGAGAGCAGCGACGCCUCUCUGUCGGUUGCCGAGUGGCUUCGGGCACUGCACCUGGAGCAGUACACGGCACUCUUUGAGAAGCAUGGACUGAUGUGGGCCGCCGAAUGCCAAGGCCUCAGUGAUACCAGCCUGUUGGACAUGGGCAUGCAUCUCCCUGGCCACCGCCGCCGUAUCCUGGCUGGUCUGCUCCGUGCCCGUGCACCACCCGCGCCUGUGCCUCGCCCUGCCCCGCGGCCUGUGCCCAUGAAGCGACACAUCUUUCGUUCACCACCUGUGCCCAUCACUCCACCUGAACCGCCGCCCACAGCUGGAGAUGAGGGGCUUCCUGCUGCUCCACCGAUUCCGCCCCGAAGGAGCUGCCUCCCACCUGCCUGCUUCACUCCUCCAUCCACAGCUCCCCCGGACCCUGCGCUGCCUCCACUGCCUGCCAAGCGGCACUCGGCAGAACUGAGUGUUCCUCCCGUACCUCCUCGUACCGGACCCCCCUACCCACAGGCCAGCCUUCCCUCUAAGGAGGAGUUACUGCUGCCACCAGUGCCACCCCAUCCCCAGCCAGAGGAGACCCUGCCCACGCUCCUGCCUGCCUUUCCCCAGGGGCCUCCCUGUCCUCCCGAGAUUCCUCCCAAACCUCCCCGCCUACUCCCUGAGUUUGAUGACUCUGACUAUGAUGAAGUCCCAGAGGAGGGGCCCAGGGCCCCAGCCAGCGUAAUGACCAAGGAGGAGCCCUUGCCUAGCCGAGUCCCACGGGCUGUGAGGGUGGCUAGUCUGCUGAGCGAGGGAGAGGAGCUGUCUGGGGACGAUGCCGAAGAUGAGGAUGACCAUCACUAUGAGGGUAUCCCCAAUGGCGGGUGGCCUACCAGUGGCCUGAACCACCCCUUACUCAGCCUGACCCCUGACUUCCCACCACACCUCAUGGAUGAGCUGCCUGGGGGCUCCACCCCCAUCACACCGGUCAUCAAGGCUGGCUGGCUGGACAAGAACCCACCACAGGGGUCUUAUAUCUACCAGAAGCGAUGGGUGAGACUGGAUGCUGACUACCUGCGAUACUUCGACAGUAACAAGGACGCCUACUCUAAGCGCUUUGUCCCUGUAGCCCGCAUCUGCCGAGUAGCUGCUAUUGGAGACCAGAAGUUUGAAGUGAUCACCAACAAUCGAACCUUUGCCUUCCGGGCAGAGAGUGAUGUGGAGCGGAAUGAGUGGAUGCAGGCCUUGCAGCAGGCAGUGGCCGAGCAGCGAGCCUGUGUUCGGCUCUCCAGUGCUUCUGUGUUGGGAGUUCGAGGCUCUGAGCAGCCGGACCGCACUGGCAGCCUGGAGCUACGAGGCUUUAAGAAUAAGCUUUAUGUGGCUGUGGUUGGGGACAAAGUACAACUCUAUAAGAACCUGGAGGAGUUCCAUCUGGGCAUUGGCAUCACCUUCAUCGACAUGAAUGUGGGCAACGUGAAGGAAGUAGACCGGCGCAGCUUUGACCUCACUACCCCCUACCGCAUCUUCAGCUUCUCAGCUGAUUCAGAGGUGGAGAAGGAGCAGUGGCUGGAGGCCAUGCAGGGAGCCAUCGCAGAGGCCCUGUCUACCUCAGAGGUGGCCGAGCGCAUCUGGGCUGCCGCCCCCAACAGGUUCUGUGCUGACUGUGGAGCUCCCCAGCCUGACUGGGCCUCCAUCAAUCUCUGUGUUGUCAUCUGCAAGCGCUGUGCAGGGGAACACCGUGGUCUAGGUGCUGGCGUGUCUAAGGUGCGGAGCCUGAAGAUGGACAGGAAGGUGUGGACAGAAACUCUCAUCCAGCUCUUCAUUCAGCUGGGCAAUGGCCCUGGGAACCACUUCUGGGCCGCCAACGUGCCCCCUAGUGAGGCCCUGAAGCCCAGCAGUGGCCCUGCUGCCAGACGGUACCAUCUGGAGGCCAAGUACAGAGAGGGCAAGUACCGUCGCUACCACCCACUCUUCGGCAACCAGGAGGAGCUGGACAAGGCCCUGUGUGCUGCAGUUACUACCACUGACCUGGCUGAGACCCAGGCACUCCUGGGCUGUGGGGCUGGGGUCAGCUGCUUCUCAGGGGACCCAGCAUCUCCCACACCCCUGGCUCUUGCUGAGCAGGCUGGACAGACACUGCAGAUGGAGUUUCUACGGAAUAACCAGAGCACAGAGGUCCCUCGGCUGGACUCAGUGAAGCCCUUGGAAAAGCACUACUCCGUGAUCCUGCCAACUGUGAGCCACAGUGGCUUCCUGUACAAAACUGCUUCUGCUGGCAAGCCUCUACAGGACCGCCGUGCCCGGGAAGAGUUCAGCCGGCGCUGGUGUGUCCUUAGUGACGGGGUCCUGAGUUACUACGAGAACGAACGGGCAGUGACACCCAAUGGGGAGAUCCGGGCCGGUGAGAUUGUGUGCCUGGCAGUUUCCCCUCUGGACACCCACGGCUUCGAGCACACCUUUGAGGUAUACACAGAGGGAGAGCGGCUGUACCUGUUUGGACUGGAGAAUGCAGAGCUGGCUCAUGAAUGGGUCAAGUGCAUUGCCAAGGCAUUCGUGCCUCCCCUGGCUGAGGACCUGCUAGCCCGGGACUUUGAGCGGCUUGGGCGCCUACCCUACAAAGCUGGCCUGAGCCUCCAGCAGGCUCAGGAAGGCUGGUUCGCCUUGGCUGGCUCUGAACUCCGGGCUGUCUUCCCUGAGGGGCCCUGGGAAGAGCCACUGCAGCUCCGGAGAUUGCAGGAGCUUUCUAUCCAAGGAGACAGCGAGAACCAAGUUUUGGUGCUUGUGGAGCGGAGGAGGACACUGUACAUCCAGGGUGAGCGGAGGCUGGACUUCAUGGGUUGGCUUGGAGCCAUCCAGAAAGCAGCAGCCAGCUUGGGAGACACACUGUCAGAGCAACAGCUUGGGGACUCAGACAUCCCAGUGAUCGUGUACCGCUGUGUGGACUACAUCACACAGUGUGGCUUGACCUCAGAGGGUAUCUAUCGCAAGUGCGGUCAGACCUCUAAGACCCAGAGACUCCUGGAGAGCCUGAGGCAGGACGCUCGCUCUGUGCACCUCAAAGAAGGCGAGCAGCACGUGGAUGACGUCUCCUCUGCACUCAAACGCUUCCUGAGGGACCUGCCUGAUGGGCUCUUCACUCGUGCACAGCGCCUGGCCUGGCUGGAGGCCUCUGAGAUCGAGGAUGAGGAGGAAAAGAUCUCCAGGUACCGAGAGCUCUUGGUGCAUCUGCCUCCUGUCAACCGGGCGACUGUGAAGGCCCUGGUCAGCCAUCUGUACUGUGUACAAUGUUUCUCAGACACAAACCAAAUGAACACACACAACCUGGCCAUUGUAUUUGGGCCCACGCUCUUCCAGACAGACGGGCAAGACUACAAAGCCGGCAAGGUGGUGGAAGACCUCAUCAACCACUAUGUGGUGGUGUUCAGUGUGGACGAGGAGGAGCUGAGGAAGCAGAGGGAGGAAGUCACUGCCAUUGUGAAGAUGCGAGUAGCAGGCACUGCCAGUGGGACCCAGCAUGCGGGUGACUUCAUCUGUACUGUGUACCUGGAGGAGAGGAAGGAGGAGACUGAACAGCACGUCAAGAUCCCAGCAUCCAUGACAGCAGAGGAGCUUGUCCUGGAGAUCCUAGACCGGCGCAGUGUGAGCAUCAGGGAAAAGGACUACUGGACCUGCUUCGAGGUCAACGAGAAGGAGGAGGCAGAGCGCCCAUUAUACUUUGCGGAGAAGGUGCUGCCCAUUGUGCAUGGGCUGGGCAUUGACAGCCACCUGGUGGUGAAGAAGCACCAGUCCAUGGAGGCCAUGCUGUUGUAUCUGGCCAGCCGUGUGGGAGACACCAAGCACGGCAUGAUGAAGUUCCGGGAAGACAGAAGCCUCCUGGGUCUGGGGCUGCCCUCAGGUGGCUUCCACGAUCGCUACUUCAUUCUCAACAGCAGCUGCCUGCGACUCUAUAAGGAGGUUCGGAGCCAAAGGCCGUGGAGUGGGGUCCCCGAGACCGUGAGUAGCUGUGGGCCAGCUGCCUUGCCUUACACCACCUGGGCCCAGGCAAGCCGGGUGGAGCUUAGGGACGGUCAGGGCUCCCAGUUCUCCCCAAGCAUGGUUUCCUGUCCUCUUACCAGUGGUCACUGGCCUUUCACUCCUAGCCCCAAACUAAGAGCUUUUCUCCAAGAUAGGGUCUCUAGUUGGUGUGAUACUAGAAUUUUCCAUAGUACACAGAGAAGACAUUUUGGAGCCAGCAAUAGAGAGAGACCCAAGUUUGGAUUAAAAUGGUUUCACUUGCUCCACUGCUCUCAGAGCUGCCCCCCUUCCAAACCCAAAGGGCUGCAGCUGUCUGAUGCCAUUGACACUGCUGACCCUGAGGUGCCAAAGCAGAACAUUCUUCAUCGGGAGGAUGUGUCCACCCAGCCUCCCUAGUUAGUGGCCCAGCUUUCUUUGGCCACCCACAAGGGCCCUCCACUUUCCUCUCGAGGCUGCCCAGCCUGUAAUUUCUGCUUGGGGGUUGCCCCUAGCUCGGGUUCAGCUGAGAAUCUACUUUCCGUGGUACCCUGUGGGUAGCACCUGUGCUUUAGGGCACACGGAGUGUGGAUGGUUAUGUGGAAGGAAGGAGGAGGUGCGAUGCCAAGCAUGGUAUUCUAGCCUGAGGUCCUGCAGCGAUUUCAGCAGUCUCCAGCCCUUUCCAGUCCCUUGCAUCCCCUGAGGGCAUGAGAGCAGAUUUGCUGUCGUGGAGGAUCCAUCAUUUGGUGUAGUGUCUACUCUCUGUGUCUUUGCACAUUGUCCCUCUGCUCACGACGCCCAGCAAGCACCUCUGUUUGUCUUCUCCUCCUCACGGGUCUCUCAUUCACUUCUGAGCCUGUUCACUCCCGCAGUCAGUCCAGCAUGGUUCUAAGACGUUAUCUCCCCUGGCCAUCCUAGAGGUGCUUCCUUAGUCUGGCGGAGCAGAGUGAAGCCAUCAUGUGGGUAGGAGGGGAGUGAGGGUGCUGAGACACCUGGAAAGGCAGCUGUUGAUCUCUUGGCAUGGAGAGAGGGGCCAGGAGAGUUCCAGGGUAUGGCCGGGAGGCGGUCAGCACUGCAGGACCUCUGCCUGGCAGAACCAGCCCAUGUGGCAAGGCCACUGAAGUGCUGGUGAUGCUGACGUCAGUUGGUUCAUGGGGCCACAGGACAGACUAUUGGAAAUUAGGGUACAGCAGACUCUGUGGCCUCUCAGUCCCCACCCCAAGACCUUCUGUUGUCUAGACCCUGGAGCACGUGAGAAAGGCAUAUUCUAGAAAAAUCAUGGCACCAGCGUGAGGUACCAUGAGCAUAAAUUUUAUUCCUUGCCCAUGACCGUGGACAUCAGCAGAGCCAGAACCCAGAGCUGCUUGGAAGUGCAAGUGUCUUGGUGCCUCUGCCUCCUACUCUCUCAGCCUGAAGUAUGUGUUUCCAGAUGAGGGGGCUGUGGACCUCCUGCUCUGCCCGGGGCUGCUGUGCACUCCAUUCCUCCUGCCUCCUAGUGCUCAAGCUGACUUUUUCAGUGUCUCAGUUUCGUCUCUGCUUGUUGGGGAGCAGGUCUUCCUCCCUGCGUUCCGCCCAUAUCCCGCUUUCUACCACAGCCUUAGCUUCCUUGUCCACCCCACAGCUGUAGCCAGGUGUGUUCCGGGAUCUUUGGGAGAUGUUGUGAUUGUUGAGUGAGGUGCUCUCCUUCCUGAGGCCCUGGAUCAUACAGGGGCUCUAGCCAUAUCCCUGAGGUGACACAGAAGGCCCCUCUGGUUCCUAGCCAGAUCAUUCUCUCUCCUGCAGAGGAGCCAUGCCUGGGGACAGCUGGGAGCAAUGAUGGGACCCAGGUGGGGAUGGCUCAGUUUUGGAGCCCCAGUUGCAUUAUCUUCCCCUACUGCCCUUCCUGAUGCCCUGCUGGCUGCAGGGGUGCCUGAUUC